GCUAAAGGGUUUUUAGGGUUUACAGAGUGCUUCCAAUUGGGGGAAGAAGAAGAGGAAAGCUAAAAAGGGAAAAUUUCAGUUGAAGGUAGCCAUGAAAGGAGGAGGAAGGAAGAAUUUGAAAAGGGCUAUUGAGGAAGACAAUUUUACCCUUGAACAAGGUCAAAGCAUUAUGCAAGUUGUCGACCUUCGAGGUUCCAAUCUUAUUCAAGUAAUGGAUGCUAAAGGUGAAAAUUCAUUAGCAAUAUUUCCAGCUAAAUUCCAGAAGAGCAUGUGGAUAAAACGAGGCAACUUUGUUGUGGUUGAUGAGAGCGGGCGAGAGGAAGCUAUUGAAUCAGGUAGAAAAGUGGGAUGUGUUGUUACGAAGGUACUCUAUUUUGAACAAGUUCGUGUGCUUCAGAAGUCUGCAGAAUGGCCAGAGAUUUUCAAAUCCAUAGCAGUAGAGAGCUCAAAGCAAGAUCUAGUGUCACAAAUCAAAGAAGAUGAAGACUCAAGUGAUGAUGAUGGACUUCCUCCAUUAGAAGCUAAUACAAACAGAGUAAAUCCUUUUCAGAUGGAGACGGAAUCUGAUUCAGAUACUGAUUCUUGAUCAUGGCAUUGUAACUGAUACCUUCUUUUUGUGGAUAAAUCGACUAAGAGUAAAAACUGUUGUGUCCGAAGGCUAAUUAAAUUUUGGAAUCUGUAAGAAGAUUAGUGACUUUGAUAUAGUUAAUAUGCUUAGCAAUUUGUAAAUUCCUUUCAAGUUU